UCAAAGCAACCUCCUCCGGUGGCGGAACGCGGCAUCCGGUGUACCGCGGUGUACGGAAACGGCGGUGGGGAAAAUGGGUAUCUGAAAUCAGAGAGCCCCGGAAAAAAAAACCGCAUUUGGCUCGGGUCUUUUCCGGUGCCGGAGAUGGCGGCAAAAGCCUAUGACGUGGCAGCUCUGUGCCUGAAGGGACGAAAAGCUCAGCUCAAUUUUCCCGAUGAAGUCGACAAUUUACCCCGACCGUCCACAUGUACGGCCAGAGAUAUUCAGACGGCUGCGGCCAAAGCUGCUCACGCCGUCGUCAAGACCAGGACCAAGACCGACCACGAAGAAGUUGUCGUCCCCGACAUCAACAGCGACAAUUUCUGGGAGAACAUUGACCUGCCGGAGUUGAUGUUGACCGGAGGAUGGUCUUCGCCUUUUCCCGUCGGAGAUGCCACGUGGCUCGUCGACGGCGAGUUCAUGGCGUGUCUAUGAUUCCGUAUCUCUCUCUCGUCGUAUAUACGUAUAUGUUCCCGCAAUUAUGGGUUGUACACUACUGUUGGCUCGAGCUUAGAGGUACUACACCUUUAUGCAUGUAAAUGUUGGUGUUUGUUUACUCAUGGUUGAUUAAUUAAA